CGAUGGCUCCGCGGCUGGAUGCGCUCUUGUGUCUUAUCUCCCUGGCGGCCUUUCUGCACCGCUGUCCUGCGACGGGAGGUUCCGGAGGGACACGAAGGGGAGUUAGCGAGUCGUGCGGCUCCAAGGGUUGCUAGGCGCUCACUUUCCCCCAGCAACCAGCCAGGGAUUGAAAUUUAAUUGAGCUGUUGAUGAGAAUUUGUUUAACCCUGGAAGGUUGUUGCUUCGCUCAGUGACGGUGUUACCGGAUCAGCACAUCGUAUGUAUAUGAACAGGGGAGGUUACCGUUACUAUUAACGAGAGCUGUCCAUCACCUUGGGUAUAUGAAAGAGUUAAUGGGGAGCGUCUGUGCUGAGCAGGAACACUGGGCUGCCCAACGUCACCUUCCGAUAUGACAACUGCACUGCCUACAUGAACUCCGGGGGGAAGCACCAGAUUGGGGAUGUGCAGAACAUAACCAUCAGCCAAUUUGCCUGCAACGACCAAGUGGCGGUUUCUGUCUUCUGGACGGCCAAUGAUAUCGGCAUUGAAUACCUGAAAGGCUUCCGGGUGGUUGUGGAAGAGUUGAAGUCGGAGGGGAGGUUCUGUCAGCAGAUUGUGAUGAAGGAUCCCAAGCAGCUGAAUGGAAACUUCAAAAGAGUUGUAAUGGAAACACAACCAUUUGUCAACCUGAAAUUUGAAACAGAUUAUUUUGCAAAAAUUGUGCCAUUUCCCUCCGCCAGAAAUGAAAGUAAUUACCAUCCGUUCUUCUUCAGGACCCGCACCUGCGAGUCGUUGUUGCAGCCGGACAGUCUGACCUGCAGGCCGUACUGGAAACCAAAAAACGUCAACGUCACCCAACAGGGCAUCAACAUGCAGGUGUCCUUCGACCACGCCCCGCAGAAUUUCGGCUUUAAAUCUUAUUCCGUCAACUACAAACUGAAGCACGAGGGCUCCUUUAAACAGAAGAUCUGCCGGAAGGUGCUGAACACAGACUUCACCAACUGCCUGAUCCAGAACGUAUCCCCGGGGGACUAUGUCAUAGAGCUCGUGGACGACACCAACACGACGAGGAAGUUCAUGCACUACUCGCUGAAACCAGUGCAUUCCCCUUGGGCCGGUCCAAUACGAGCCAUCGCCAUUACUGUACCCCUGGUCAUCAUAUCUGCCUUUGCCACUUUAUUCACCGUCAUGUGCCGCAAGAAGCAGCAAGAAAACAUUUACUCGCACCUGGACGAGGAGAGUUCGGAAUCAUCUACCUACGCAGGGAGUCUUCACGUGGAGAAGCCCCGCCCCCGCCCCCGAGUCUUUCUCUGCUACUCCACUAAAGAUUGUCAGAAGCACAUUAAUGUCAUCCACUGCUUUGCCUAUUUCCUGCAGGAUUUCUGUGGGUGCGAGGUUUCGCUGGAUCUCUGGGAGAACCUGAAGAUCUGUAAGGACGGGCAGCGCGAGUGGCUGAAGCACAAGAUCCGAGAUUCCCACUACAUCAUCAUCGUCUGCUCCAAGGGUCUCAAAUACUUUGUGGAGAGGAAAAAUCGGAAGCACAAGGGGGCGCCCCCUGAGGCCGGGAAUGGGGAGAUCUUUGUCAGCGCCAUGGCGAUGAUCGGUGAGAAACUGAGCGCUGCCGAGGGUGAGGGGAACCCCGAGGAGCUUGGGAAAUUCAUCAGCGUCUAUUUCGAUUACUCGUCGGACUCGGACAUUCCGGGAAUCCUGGAUAAAAGCAAGAAGUACAAACUGAUGGACCACCUGCCCCAGCUCUACUACCACCUUUACUCCAAGGAGCUGAGCCUGCAGGACCCCGAGCAGUAUCCUAGCAACAUCAGCAAGCGCAACUACUUCCGCAGCAAGGCCGGCCGCUCGCUCUACAUCGCAAUCUGCAACAUGCACCAGUACAUCGACCAGCAACCCGACUGGUUUGAGAAGCAGCACCUCCCGUCCCACUCCCCCACCCUCCACUUCCAGGAGCCCCUCAUGGACAAGUUCGACUCCGGGCUGGUGCUCAACGAUGUGACGGGGAAACAGGUGGCGGAAACCGACCUCUCCGCUAAAAUAGACAUUGAGCCGCCGGCGAGCGAUCAGAAUAAAAUCGACGGGGAAGAGGCGCCAGAUGCAGCACCAACUGUAAGCUCCGCCCUGCAGCCUGUGUUACAUUCUGUUAAAGCUGUCACUCAAGCCGACAUGCCCAGGGAUUCUGGGAUAUACGACUCGUCCGUCCCUUCCUCUGAACUCUCACUGCCUUUAAUGGACGGACUGUUGGCAGAUCAGGCAGAAACAUCCUCCAUUGCGGAAAGUGUCUCUUCUUCUUCAGGGCUAGGAGAGGAGGAGCCGUCUAUCCCCAAAUCCGUGGUGUAUGGAAUCUGCAAAGUGGAUCUGCACCUUCACACAGACGAACUCCAGGCCAUCGCACCCUUGUAGCCCGUUCUGGUUUCUGGGUCCAGUCGUUUCCAUGUGUGGGACGGGGUGCCCGGCCUGGCAGGGAAGAGGUUAAUAUGCAUUGCCACUUUAGAGAGCCCGGGGGCUUGUGAAUAAGGGUGGGACGCGACUGCUGAGCCUGAACCUACUUGAAUUAUCAACUCUGACCCUUCCUGGAUUUGGAGCUUUCCAGACAGGGACACUGAUUGGGCGGCACCCGCUGGGCAUUGGGCAUGAGAAGUACAAUUCAUUCCCUGUGUGGUUAUUAUGGGGUGCUGUGUCACAGGAAGGGCCCCACCAUCUGUGCAUUAAAACUGGCAGCCCAUGAACUCAAGAGGUUCUGCAGCAGCUGCUGCUUUUUCCAAACCUGACCAAGUCCUGGUGCCAGAGCCAGUAAUGGGCAAAUACAAUGGUGCAGAGAACUUUACUGGAACUUGGUGUUUGCUCCUAAAUCUCCUCAUAAUUCUGCCCCUGCGCGGCUGCUGCUCUUUAUCCUGCAGCUCAACUGCAGCCAUGCGCUACAUGCAGCGGCUUUAUCAUAUAAAUGAGUGCAUAGAGUGAGAGGCUGGAUGUUAUGUCUGCCCCCUGCAGUUCACAGCAGGUAUUGCACGUUUCCCAAGGGUCAUUCGGUGGAACCAGAACUCUCUUACUAUUUGCCCUUGAAAUCAGCGGCGACUGAUAAACAUUCCUGGUGCUGUUUGUCUUUCCACAACUUUAUCUCCUUUCUAAUCCCGAUGCUUUAUCGUCCACUUACACGAGUGUCAGCCCUGCGGUUCUGCUCCUUUUGAGCAAACCCCAUUAUUCCUCUAUGGGAAGAGGUUCAAGAACAGGAGAAGAUUCCCCACCAGCCACAGCCGCUUCCUAGUGCCGGUCACCGGGAAGACUCCACUUCUAUCAGACCAGCUGUUUGCAAGCAGCCAAUCACCCAGAGCCUGUGCUGUAUGGGCCCCACCCUGAGAAUGAGUUUGUAAUCAGCCAAUCACUGACCGCUCUGGCUUUUUGUCUUCCAUUUAAUUUCCCUCUAAUGCUUCUAGAAAUAGGCCUGGCUACAGCACUGUAUGCUCUCCGGGAAUCUACAGUCUAGACUUUUUGCACUUGUGGUUAAACUACAUCUCCCAGCAUCCUCCAUCACCCUGCCACAAAAUCAAUAGAAAAUGUGCCUAUUACUGUUUAAUGUGCUUUUUUUUUUAUUGAUAUAAGAUCCAAGUUGACACUUUGUGCCUGUCAAUCACAGAAUUGUGACUCACUAGUUUUCCCUUUUAUGAGGCCAGACCACCCUGGUAUAAAGAGAAUUAAGAAGAACAUGUUCACCUUUGCUUUCAUUAUGAACUAAAAAUGUUCUAUAAUUCUACAAUUUAAUAUUAUCUGGUUGCUAAGCCCUCUAACCCUAGUAACCAGGCAUUCAUUUGAAUGAGUACAUUUCCGAGAGUCUGAUUAGAAAGAUAAGCAAUAUAAGAACAAUGAAUACAGCUUCCGGUCUUUCACUUUGCGGUUGCCGGGGUAACAGACCUUAGCAACCAGGUAGAAAUUGGAUCAUAAAGAGAAAUCUUUGAAUUAGAUGAUGUCCCUUAUCAACAAACAAAAUGCUUCUUUUAAAGGGUAACUUUGCCAACAUACAAAACCCAAUGAUAAUAUUUAAGGGGGGGGUCCUUUGUAACAUUUUAUGUAAAUAUUGUCGUUUGUUACUUGUACCCGAGAGGCGGUAGCGAAUCUCUGUGCCACGUAGAGUUAUUUUAUAAAUGAGAUUGAAUCUGAUAUUUCAUUAUUGCAACAAUGUACUGUUUUAUGGUACCGACUUAUUGUACAAUAAAUGUAACUUCUUUCUUA